UUCAAACCAAGCUGAGCUGGAAACUAAGGUUCUUCAGGUGCUAAAAGCCCCGUGGAAAAUCCAACGAGAAGUCAGUCGUAAAAAUUUGGAAAAAUCAUACCAAGUCAUAAACAAGUGCGUUCGAAUAUAUACAUAUAUAUAUAAAUAUAAAAGAGGAAAAGUAAUAAUAAUAAUAUAUACAUACGUGAGUGGAGUGUGGCCCCAACAGAAAUUGUAAAUCAAUAAGGCACAGAGUCAAAGAAAAAUAUAAAAUAAUAAAUCGCCAUUCAGUUGGGCAGUGUUCUUGAGACAUGCAAAAGUAGUAGCCAGUGGAGUGUUAAAAAUUUACAACAAUAAAGCGUCAGGCACUUGCGAAACGUAUUUUUUGCGAGUGUUUUUUUCUGAUAUUUUUGCUACUAUUUGCCGCCAACCUACCGACCGACGACGCUGCCCCAUCGCCGCCGCCUCAACAAAAGAACUUUGAUUUCCCUCGAUUGUAACGAAUGAUUUGCAUGAAUUUGGAGGCAAAUUUGGAGCUGAAAGGAUUAAGCAGUCGCAUACUUUACGAGCCCAGUGAUCCUACAAGGAAUAAUGCUCAGGCUUUUGCUGGUCCAUAUAAUAACGAUAUGUGUGCUACUAACUAAUGUUAAGUCUGGUGUGCCUAUUGGAACCGGCGGACCAUCAAUUAUAUUGGAGAGCAAAGAUGCUUUAUUAACCUGCGUAGUGUCUGAUAAUUCCUCAAACAACACAGUAAUAUGGAAGAAGGGUGACGAGAUCCUCACCGCCGGCACAGUGCGGGUUACCAAGGAUCAUCGUGUGCGAAUUCUUCAUGAUGAAAAUCCCAAGGGUAAAAAUCUGGAGACGGGUGGUGAGGUUUGGGUUCUUUUGAUUAAAACCCUCAAGCCCAGUGAUUCGGGGGCGUAUAUAUGCGAGCUUAACUCAGAUCCUGUUCUGCGCAGUAUACACAUACUAACUGUCAAGGAGCUGCACUCAUCAACGGGUGGUCCCAACAACUCCACGGACACCUCGACCGCGGAGUCGAGUGAUGUGUUCCUGCUGCCACCGCCGCUGGACGCGCAGGACAAUCGCAGCUUCUGGCGGCCGAGUCAGGUGCCGCCCCUGAUCACCCAUGACUUCACGGAAUGCUGCGAGCGGGCCAAUGUGUCCGCCCAGUGCAUGGGCUUUUGCAACGUGCACAACAUCCUGGACGGCACCACUGGCGUUGAUCCGGAGGCCUGCGAAAGGGACUUUCCCGGCAUUGUACGCUGCAUGGCCGAUGGCCGCAACCAUGUGCCCUGCUGCGUGGAAAAGCAGAUUCCGGAUUUGUGCCAGGACAUGUGCCGCGGCGAGUAUACCCCGUUCACGGACAAGCUGAAGACGCGCGUCUCCUGUGUCCAGCACACGCUCAGCGGUCUGCAGUGCAUCCUGAAGGGUGUGCAGCUCAUACCCAGCUCACCCACCUUUCUCACCAUCGAGAAUGUAAGCGAGACGAGCGUGAGCGUGGGCUGGACGGCGCCGGAGAAGCUGCCGGAAAGGGUCUCUGGCUACACCAUCAACGUGACUAAGCUGCAUAGUUUCGACGAGGAUGAGCUGAGUGGCGAAAUCAUUCACCGAACAGCCGCCGAUACAGCGGAGUCUGUUGAGCUUCACAAUGUUUCCGCGAAUCAGACCCAGUUGGUCCUGAGUAACCUAACACCGCUGGCCAUGUAUGCCGUGAUAGUUACGGCCACCAAUGAGUUUGGCACGAGUUUGCCCAGCGAAAGGCUGAGAUUCUUUACGCAUACCAGUGCCUCGGCGGCGGAGUCGCGAGCGGGAACUACGGACAAGCAGGCGAUGCCUCAACUUCCGGAUACGCGGCAGUGCUGCGAGGAUAAUGGCAUGACCCACAGGAUGUGUCUGGAUAAGAUGUGUGAUCCACAGAAGACCGAUCAGGCCACGUUGCCCGACUUUAUGGUGUGUGCUCCAUGGUCGAAUAUUACCUUCAAUUGUUUGGCCAACAAUAUCGAUCAUACGCCCUGUUGCCGGGCUAGGGGAAUACCCUCGGCCUGCUUCCCACUGUGUGCUGGCAAGUUGCAGUCGUUGGACUUUAGUUUGUUCAAAUGCCUGCGCUUCAUGCCCGAGUACAACAGCUGUCUGUUCCAGGGAUAUGGGGUACUGGCCGAUCCGCCGUCUAAGCUACGGACGGUGGCCAAGACGGACAGCUUCGUGAUUCUGGACUGGAACAAGCCGAAGCGUCUGGCGGACACCGUCAGCACAUAUCACGUCAAAUUUCGACGUUUGGGCGUUGGCGAUGACUAUCUGAGCGUGGAGAAGCGCCAGCCACCGCUGAUUCUCGAGGGUCUCGAGGCGGACAUCUACUACGAGUUCUACGUGGUCUCGUUGAAUGCGUAUGGAAAGAGCGAGGCUUCCCCGCGUCUGAUCACCCGCACCCUGCCAGCGGAACCGGUCCAGCCAAUGGCCUCCAGAUAUAACAUGACGACCUGCUGUCAGGCCUCCGGACUGCUGCCCCAAUGCGCGCCGCUCUGCUCCUACAACAUCCGCCUGUCCGAUAUCGAGCGGUUGGGUCCAGCCUGUCGAGCCCAAAUGCCCAUCCUGGCCAGAUGUGCUGCCGGGGGACGUGAUCACAGUCCAUGCUGCAGUCGCCGCGGCGUCAUUAACGCCUGCAUGCCCCUCUGUCGUGGCGUCAUGCCGCUCGCCCUGACCACCAAAUCGGCGACGGGAGCAGCAACGGGAGCAACAUCAUCAUCGGCAACAGCUGCGGCAACGCCAUCCUCAUCAUUGUCCUCGUCGUCGUCGUCAUCGUCGAGCAAUGUGCCCGAUUGUUUAUCAUAUGCCGGCAACAUUCUGCAGUGUUUCGAAGAAGGCACCCAGAAUAUCCCAGGGCCACCGGAAGAUGUGCAUGCGACAUUUGUGAACCAGAGCAGCAUCAGCUUGGUCUGGACUCAACCGGAUGCGGAUGGUGGCAGUGGUGGUGCUGGCAACAACGGCAGCAGUUCAGUUGCAUCGCCAGGUGACAUGAUAACCGGCGAUGAACUGGCAGCCGGUGCCGUGGAUCCUACAAAUGGGAAUCCGGCCGUCGCUGGAAGGGAUGUGCCUUCGGUGGAUGCCACAAGUGGAGCGACAACUGGAACGGAGGAUAUUGAAUUCAUCGUACAAUAUGGCAAAGUCAAUAACAUGACCAUGUACGAGACAGUUGCCAAAUUGGAAAAUGAAUUGACCACCAAUGAGACGAGUAUCGAUUUGACGAAUAUGGAUGCGAAUGCCUUGUACCGCAUUACGGUUGUGACGCGGGGCAAAUUUGGCACAUCGCUGCCGGCAUCGAUGCUGCUGCUCAACACCACGGACCAACACCGGAGCAGCGAAGCGGGAGGAGAGGGCGUGACCUGGGGCGCACCAUCGCCACCACAUUCACUGACGGUGGUGGCACACAGUGCCACCUGGAUGCAGCUCACCUGGCAGCCGCCUGAGUAUGCCCAUCCGCAUGAGAGGAUUACCUACAGAGUCUACCACAAGGCCAUGAGGGCCGAGCAUUUCAUUAAGAUUGAAACGAAGCUGGCCUGGCUGCGGAUGAACAACCUGAAGCCGAGCUCACAGCAUGUGCUCUACGUGGAGGCGGUGGGCGAAAGAGGCGACUCGUUGCCCUCCGAGACGCUGGUGGCCUGGACGGAUCCCGCCCUGCCAGCCUUUGUAGAUCCCCCCACUGUGCAUCCGGCGGACAAUAUACCGGAGGGCGGGUCCAUGACCAUUCUGUGUCUGGCCUUGGGCAACCCGGCGCCCACCAUCUCACUUUACGUGGGCGGACACCUGGUGCGGCAGGAUACCUCGCGGCACAUGGUUACGGUCAUUCACAAUGUAUCCGCGGAUAUGGAGCACGUCUCCUGCUACGCCGACAAUGGCUAUGGAGUACCCAUGCAGGCCACCAGAAGGGUUAACAUAUGCUAUCCUCCCAAAAUUCAAGCAGCUGGCAUCACUGUGGCCUCCAUAGGCGAUGAGAUUGAGCUGCGCUGCACUGUGGACUCUAAGCCGGCGCCCAAGACGAUUUUCUGGCGAGAAAAGGAUGGUCGAGUGCCCGUCAUCAACGGUGGCAACUACUUUAUAUCCGUUAAGACCAACGAAUCGCGUCCCUCGAUCUAUACCAUGUCCUUGAGGAUCAGCAAGCUGCAGGCCAACGAUGUGGGUGACUAUUUCUGCCAUGCGGAGAAUCCCUUUGGGGCCACCACCACACCGGUAUCGGUGCGUAUACGCAAUACGCCGGCUCUGAAUCACAAUGUCUCCGAGUGUUGUGCGGAGCAGAAUGUUACUAUGGCCUGCAGGAGUGCCUGCAGCUACUAUGUGGACUUUGAUGCAAUUGCCGAUCGUCCCGAGUGCAUUGUGGACUUUGAUAAGCUUAUGCGAUGUGCUGCCGAUGGAUCCGAUCAUCGUUCCUGCUGUGCGGAUGAGCAUGUCCCUAGGAAAUGCCUAAACUGGUGUCGGGGAGAAUCUGUGCGCUCCAAGGAGAUCUGCAGCCUGCAGUAUGCCCGCACUAUCGUGGGCUGCUUUGAGAAGAAUAGAGAUCGCCUGCCAGGACCGCCGGAGAAUAUAGUGGUCAGUGUGGUCUCCGACAGCGAGGUGUCCAUAAGAUGGGAUGCGCCGACAAAGAAUCCAAAUGCCGUUGACGGCUAUAGAAUAUUUUACCACGAGGCCGCCGUUCUGCCGCCAACAUCAACGAGUUCGGGUUCGGGUUCGCAGGACCAUGCUGCCUCCAUGGAAAACUCCGGAAUGGAUACCCUGGCCGCCAUGAAUAAUGCAACAAGUAUGGGUAGCGGUGGCGGCAGCAAUGCGAUGGCUGCUCUCGAGAUACGACGCAUCGACGUAAAGGACACAACAAUAAGCAUUAAUGGCCUCAAGAAGGAUGUGCUCUACGAGCUGGUGGUGAAGGCUGGCAAUAGUUACGGUGCCAGCGUGCUCACAGAUCCGAUUAGGUUCACGCUCGGCGAGCACCAUGUGACCUCGGCCACCAGCAGCUAUUCGAGCGCCGUGGGCACCAUCAGCGGCAUUGUGGCCAGCAUCCUGGCCAUCCUUUUGGCGGCAGCCGCCAUUGUAUUCUAUCGCCGGCAGCGCUCUAGCUACGGAAAGUCGGCCAACGGCAAUGUGGCAUUCGAGAAUCCCACCUAUACCAGGGGCCUGGAACAGGUGCAGCUGCCUACUGUCACAUCGGCCAUAACAACGCAAAAUGGCAGCAACAGCAGCAGCAGCAACAGCAACAACAGCGGGAGCAACAGUCACAGCCAUGGUCGUAAUGGCAUUGCAGCCACAAUGACGACAUCCACGACGACAACGGCGCCGACAGCAGCGGCCACCUCGGCAGGUGUUGCUGCGGGGAAGCAGCAUCAUCAGCAGCAGCAUCAGCAGCAACAUAAGAGUGCCGCAGAUGCGGCGCAUCACUUUCAUAACCCGCUCAGCAAUACGCAGUGCAAUGAAGUAAAUCCCACAAUUUAUGAAGAGCUCAAACUUGGCCAAGAAGGUGCUGGAUUUAAGAAACUUGUGCCAUAAACGAAGCACACCAAACAAUAACAAUAACAACCACUGAGACGACAGUACACACACACAGGACAACAACAACAACAAGAACAACAUGAACGAACAAAAACAAAAACCAAGUAUAGCUAGCGAACUUAUAUAUAUACUAUAUAUAUUAUAUAUAUAGAAAUAUAUACGCUAAAUGUAGACAUAGGCCGUGUAAACAGCGCGAAGCGCAACCUCAAACAACUACACUUACACAGAGACACAAACACACACACAAACACACCACACACACACACACAAAGCACAGACAACACACACACACUCACAGCGUGUCCUGUGACAUCUUUACAGAAUGCAUUGCGAGAAAUUACUCGUACUCGUUGGGUAACACUCACACAAAACACACGAAAACACACACAAUUUUUGCUUGCAAAAAUCUUUUGGGUAGCGUGUAAUAAUAAAUAAAUUUUUAGUAUGUAACUGUGAUUCAACCAGACAAAACAAAAAUUAAAAUAACAAUACGAAAACGAUGUAAAAUAAUUAAACUAAUUGGUAAUGAACGUAAGCUAUAAAAACUAAAAACAAAAAUGAAAAAACUGAAAACUGAUUGA